AUGAAAAUCUCGGUGCUUUCCAUCCAAGCAAUUGCUCUUGGUGCUGUGCCAUUGACCAAUGGCCUUGCCAUUGCGAGAGCUGCCAACGUGGUCGACUUGAAGACGGUAUCAUACUUCAGCCUUCCGUUUGCACUACCUCCCACGGGCGACUUGCGAUGGCGCGCGCCUGUCCCUAUCGAAAAAGCCCCACCGACAACAGAGCUCACAGAUGCUACCAAGGCCGGUAAUAUAUGCGUCCAGGGUGGCGCUCUUUUCGAACAAAGCGCUAGUAUUGAUCCUCAAACUGCUGCUGCUCUGAACAUAACCGCCCCUGCUGAGAAACCAGUUGAGGGCGAAGACUGCCUCAGGCUUGAUAUCACUGUUCCCCAGAAACCAAAGUCAAGAAGCUUGCCGGUAGUUGUUGCUAUCCAUGGCGGAGGAUACUCUGGAGGAAGCUCCGGUGGUUUCCCCGGGCAAUCUUUUACGCAGUACACAGAAGGCUCUGUGGUUUUUGUCUCGAUUCAGUAUCGUUUGGGCGCCUAUGGCUUCUUGGGCGGGUCUGCUAUCAAGAAAGACGGUGCUCCGAAUGCGGGCAUUUUGGACCAACGUUCGGCGUUAGAAUGGGUGCAAAGGAACAUUGCUGCAUUUGGUGGAGAUAAAGAGUACCCUGGAAUCAUUCCGUACAAAUCGGAUAAGUCGCUCGAAGGUCAAUUCCAAGAGCUUCUAAGCACGAGUACAUGCGAAGACAUUGCUUGUCUGCGCAGUCUCAGCUUCGAGGCUCUUUCCAACAGCACCAAGCAAGUGUACAAACUCGGUUUGGCCAAUGGACACUAUGGCACCCAGCAACCUUACUUUGGGCCCUAUGUCGAUGGAACGGCCAUUCUCGGUAUACCCUCCAAGGAAUUUGCAAAAGGUGCCUGGAGCAAGGUUCCUCUCAUCACUACACAUGGUGCCUUUGAAGGGACUAUUUUCACAGACAGCGCCGUAUCCUCUGAAGAUGGUGUUCGUAAUAUGCUUUCACUCGUUCUUCAGAUCGACAAAAGCAAUGCCUUCAUUAAUGACGCCAUCAGGAAAUAUCCCUGGAUCAAGUUCAUAGGAUCUUACUUCGAUAAACCUUUCUUCAACAGCCAAGUGUACACACUCCUCAGCAUAGUUCUCAAGUGGAGCAAACUGAACACAUCCUUCUGGCAGGCGCAGACCAUGGCCGCAGCCGCGGCCGGGGUGCCUUCAUGGAAACUUUACUUCCAGGCUUCGCCCUACGUCCACGGCGCUUCAUCAUUCUACUCUGUAGGGGACUCCUCUGCGUCGAUGAACCCGACGCUGGCGAAUACGAUAAAAGACUACAUUGUCUCUUUCGUCUUGGAGUUGGAUCCAAAUGUUUGGAAAAAAUCGCCGCAACAGAGCAAACGCCCGGACUGGUCGCGAUACACGCAGGCAAGCGUACUGCAUAUCGACGACGGUUCCAUCAAGUUGAAGGCGGACCCAGACGCAAAUGAUGUUUGUGACUUCUGGUUUUUGCGGUCCGAUAUCUCAAGGAUUUGA